AUGUAGAGUUUAUUUGGCUUUUUCAUUCUGUCCCCUAUAAGCCCCAUAACCCGUUGAAAAUAUAUUUUGAAAUUUUCCAAAAUGUCCUUCGAUCAAAAGGAGAUCUUCAGCUUGAUGUACAAGCUGGCCCGGCUUAUAGUGCCGGAUACGCGGGUUGAAUACGAUUCGAUGGGUGCAAUGCACAUUCCCCUUGAUCGAAUGUACGGUCCGCAGACCCUGCGAUCCCUGAUCAAGUUUCCCAUUGGCGGAGUCGAGGAACGCAUGCCUCGACCCUUAAUAAAAGCCAUGGGAAUUGUGAAGAAAGCGGCUGCGGAGGCGAAUAAAAAUUGUCUUGAGGAGAAAUUGUGCGAUGCCAUUUCGAAGGCCUGCGAUGAUGUGAUAUCCGGAAAACUCUACGAAGAAGAGCAUUUCCCGUUGGUUAUCUGGCAAGAUGGCUGUGGCGAGCACACUAACAUGAACAUAAACGAGGUGAUUUGCAACCGGGCCAUCGAGAUCCUGGGCGGUCAGGUGGGCACCAAGGAUCCAGUGGACCCAGAUGAGCAUGUCAACCUGUCGCAGUGCUCCCAUGACACCUUCACCACAGCGGCCCGAAUUGCCGUGGCCAUGCAGUUGCAGGAGAAGAUGUAUCCCAGCCUAAGGACGUUUAUCGAUCUGCUGGCCAAGAAGUCCAGCGACUGGAGGGAUGUGAUUAAAAUCGGUAGAACCCACCUGAUGGACGCAGUGCCUCUGUCGCUGGGUCAAGAAUUCAGUGGCUAUCAGCAGCAGCUGGUGAAUGGUAGAACUCGUUUGGACUCGGCCCUUUGCAGGCUGUACGAGUUGCCCAUGGGAGGUUCCAUGGUGGGAACCAAAGAGAACACCACACAGGGGUUUUCCGAGCAGUGCAUCAAGCGGAUUGCCGAUCUUACAUUCCUACCCUUUGUGGAGUCCCCGAAUUUCUUUGAAUCCAUGUCCGCCUGCGAUGCAUUGGUCGAGUUGCAUGGCGAACUCAACACCAUAGCGGCGAGUUUGAUGAAGAUAGCCAAUGAUAUUCGCUUGCUGGGAUCGGGUCCGCGUAGUGGUUUCGCUGAACUAAAUCUCCCGGAGAUCGAACCAGGGUGUGCGAUCAUGCCCGGCGUAGUGAAAGCAUCGCAGUGUGAGGCUCUGACCAUGAUCUGCGCCCAGGUGAUGGGCAACCAAGUGGCCGUUUCGAUGGGCGCUUCCAGUGGACACUUUCAACUCAAUACUUUCGUGCCGAUGAUCGCCUCGAAUGUCCUGCGCUCCAUCACCCUGCUGGGCGAUGGCAUGAAGUCCUUCUGCAUCCACUGCCUGGAGGGCCUCGAACCGAACAAGAGCAGGAUCGAGACCAUCAUGAAGGACUCCCUGAUGCUGGUCACGGCCCUCAGUCCCCACAUCGGAUACGAGCGAUCGGCUGGGAUCGCCAUCGCUGCGCACCAGAAUGGCACCACCUUGAAGCAGGAGGCCCUCAGGGCGGGCAUCAAAAUGGAGGACUUCCAGGAGUGGGUGCAGCCCAGCAAGAUGUUGGGACCCGAUAAUUGAACGGGACACACGAAAUGAUCUUAUUCCACUAUAUGUCGGUUAAAUUAUUAGCGCAUUUUUAAGUUAUUAAAGCAAUUCUUAAAUCCUUUAUGUAAAAAGUAAUAAAUGUGCUUAAUACUAUAA